AUGAAAAAGAGAGCAAUUGUUAAGACUCAUGGAAUUGAUAAUGCCUCAACAUUUGAGCACCCAGCAUCAUUCACUGGCACUACUAAAGAGCUAGACAAAGUUAGCUUGAAGAACUUCAUAGAAAAUUGUGAUAUUGAGGUUUUAAAGCUUGACGAGGAAGAGAUAGUCUUUGAUUUAGUAGGAGUGGAACCACCCCUAGCUAAUGCACUCAGAAGAAUACUUAUUGCAGAAAUCCCAACGAUGGCUAUUGAAAAGGUCAAUAUGUGGUAGAAUACAUCAAUCAUUCCAGAUGAGAAUUUAGCUCACAGAAUGGGACUAAUUCCUAUUAAAGCAGAUCCAAGGCAUUUUGAAUACCAUGAGAAAAGUGCCUCGGAAAAUCAGGAUGCGGAAAGCGGAGACUAAUACAAUGAAAAUGACAGCUUAAGGUUUAAAUUGCAUGUAAGAUGUACAAUGAAGGACCCAAGAGCUCCAGCAAUCAUAAAUAACACUGUUGAUGAAGAUAAAUUUUACAACAACGCCAAUGUAUAUUCAGGUUAAUUAGAAUGGAUGCCAGUUGGAAAUUAAAGGCAAAAAUUUGGAGAGAAUGGCGUCAAAGCACUUUUUGAUGAUAUUUUGAUAGCAAAGCUUAGACCAGGUCAGGAAAUUGAGAUGGAACUCAUUUGUGAAAAAGGUAUUGGUAAAACUCAUGCAAAAUGGUCUCCAGAUGAUGAUGCUGUUGAACUUAAAAAGCUAUGCCCAACAGGAGUUUUUGAUAUCGAAGACCUUGGCAAAAAAGGAAAAAGAGCAAUAGUCGGAGAUGUUAGAAAAUGCACAACUUGCAGAGAGUGCAUCAGACCAGAUAAAUUCAAAGAUAAAGUAGAUCUAGGGAAGAUUAAGGAUAGAUUCGAGUUUCAUGUUGAGUCAGUUGGAAUCCUUCCACCACAAGUAUUGGUCAUGGAGGCUCUCAAAAAACUCAAAGAAAAGGCUUUAUAUUGGCUCGAGGUUCUAGAUCAGGGAAAUGAAUUAAACUCUUCCGCAGAUAAGUCCAAGAACAAGAAUCGCAAAGGAACAGAAAAUUCUGAUAAAGAAAUCUUGUUAACUGAUGAAGAGGAGUCUCCACUUAACAAGAACAAAGGAAAGAAUAAUCCAUAGCAAAAGAAAACCAAUUUAAAAUCUUCUUUAGAUAAUGAGUCACCUGUAAAAAAGAAGGCUCAAUUCAACUUGAGUGCAGAGACUAACGUGCUCUCUGAUGACGAGGAGGAUAUUAGGAAGAAGAAGAUGAAUAGAGCUUCUAGAAGGAGAUUCGGUCACAAUGUGAAGUUUGAAAGGUAUAGGACUUCUAACGUGAUAAAGAUCAUAUGCAUAACUCUUGCCAUCAUUAUCAUCCCUCUUGAAAUUUUUGUGCAAAAUGUAUUGCAAACAGCUGAGGGUGAACUCAUUGUAAGCAUCCAAAAGUCAUUUGGAUACUCAGAUGUCACGGCAGGAUUUAUGUAAGUGCCUUUGAUUCUUGUUAGACCAGAAACUACCUGCUUAUUUAUGUUUUUGCUCUACUUAUCUACAGACAGUUUAAUAGCUUUCAAGAGCUCUAUUUUAACAUGCUUCGGUAUUUACCUAAUCACCUUCCUCAAAUUAUUGUACAAGGAUGGCAGACCAUUCUGGAUUAAUGCAGACAUUAUUGGCUAUGAAUGUAACUUUGACUUUGCUGGACCAGCCUAUCAUCUCUAUAUGGUCACAUUCUUUUGGCUUUACAAUAUUAUCAUGUAUUGCAUGAAAUACACUGAAAAUGUUAAUAAAUUACUAGUUUUCUAAUUGUUCAUACUUCUUGGAGCAAUGGGAAUAUGGAUAGUUAUUGCUGGUCUCUAUCUGGGAACUAUUUAUAUCUAUCAAAAUGUGAUUGGAUGCUUGUAUGGUGUAAUCUUCUUAGUUUUAUGCAUGAACUUUGAUACUGAGAUACAUAGAAUGUGCGAAAAGACUGGCUUUAUUGUCCAAAGCUCUAGAAAAUAUAAAUUUUAUCUGUUCUUCUUAUGUAUUGGUCUGUUCGUAUUAGCUAUGAUUUACUACAAUUGUGAGUUAGAUUAGUGGACAAUGCCUUAGGCUUGGGUAGUUAAUGCUAGUGAACCCUCGCAUUUGUGCAAAUAAAAGUUGUUAGAAACGUCUAACAAUAGGUUAGGACUAGACUAGACAUUCCUAUACACAGGUAUUCUAUUCUUUAUCACAGGAAUGGGCUUUGGAACAUCAUACAGCUUGGUACAUGUGGAUUGUAUUGAUUGGGUUCAUACUUCUCUAUUGAAGAGAAUAGUCAGAGGUGUAAUUGGAUGUGGUAUCUCUGUUGGAGUGUUUUAUUUAUUCAGACUAGUGCCUACUAAUGAUGAUCCUACCAAGUACUUCUUCCACUUUGCCUUGCCAUGCCUUUUCCUCUCAUUCUUUAUCUAUGGUUUCUUCCCCAUAAUAUGUCAAAAGAUAGGCUUAGUUGAUAGAAAUGAUGCAGGUGUUGUUUAUGGAGAAAAGAAAAUAAGCUAUAAGCCUCAAGAUAAAGCAGACAAAUUAAUGGAAUCUGAAGAAGAUGAAGAAGAGGACAUUAAAACUGCUGGUAAUUUUGGAAAUUAAAAGGGCUCUAAAUGA